AGCUCCAGUCGAGCACGUAGCCCAGACGAUCCGUGUCUUUAUCUGUAUUAUUAUUAUCAUUCAUAUUAUUCAUAUUAUUUUUGGGAGGAUGAGGAGGAAAUCCAGGAUUUUAUUGUGCUUCGCGGUGCUGUGGAUCCUCGGCAUUGCUUAUUAUUUCUAUUCGGGAACGACGCUGCACCGCAAGGAUGACUGGAUUGGAUUCAGUUCCAGCAGAAAUCAGGCAUCAAGUCAUGCAGACAGCAGAGCUCAUAACAUCGAAACUCUUCCACCAGGUAAGGUCAGGUGGCAGGACUUCGAUCAGGACCUGUACGUGGGGGCGACGGUAGUGAAGCCCGGCCAGGAUCCCUACGCCCGCAACAAAUUCAAUCAGGUGGAGAGCGACAAACUCCGGAUGGACCGCGGCAUCCCGGACACCAGACAUGACCACUGUCGGCAUAAGCAGUGGAGGACGGAUCUACCUGCGUCCAGUGUGGUCAUCACAUUCCAUAACGAAGCUCGAUCUGCAUUAUUACGCACUGUGGUCAGUGUUCUGAAGAAAAGUCCUCCUCACCUGGUCAAAGAAAUAAUCCUCGUGGACGACUACAGCGACCACCCUGAGGACGGGGCCUUACUUGGAAAAAUGGAGAAAGUUCGAAUACUGAGGAACGAUCGGCGAGAAGGUCUGAUGAGAUCUCGUGUGCGGGGGGCAGAUGCAGCCACGGCGAGCGUCCUCACCUUUCUGGACAGUCACUGUGAGUGUAACGAGCACUGGCUCGAACCUCUGCUGGAGAGGGUCGCUGAGGACAAGACACGCGUCGUCUCGCCCAUCAUAGACGUCAUCAACAUGGACAACUUCCAGUACGUCGGAGCAUCCGCCGACCUCAAAGGAGGUUUCGACUGGAAUCUGGUCUUUAAGUGGGACUACAUGACUCUGGAGCAGAGACGGGGGAGGCAGGGGAACCCUAUCGCUCCCAUCAAGACUCCUAUGAUUGCUGGUGGCCUGUUCGUUAUGGACAAAGCCUACUUUGAGGAGCUGGGAAAAUACGACAUGAUGAUGGACGUGUGGGGUGGUGAAAAUCUCGAGAUCUCGUUCCGUGUCUGGCAGUGUGGAGGCGGUCUGGAGAUCAUCCCGUGCAGUCGGGUGGGACACGUGUUUAGGAAGCAGCACCCGUACACGUUUCCCGGAGGCAGCGGCACCGUGUUUGCCAGAAACACCAGGCGAGCGGCGGAGGUGUGGAUGGACGAUUUUAAGAAUUUUUACUACGCUGCUGUACCCUCAGCACGGAACGUCCCCUACGGCAAUAUACAGAGCAGACUGGAAAUGAAGAAGCGAUUAGGCUGCAAGCCGUUUAAGUGGUACCUGGACAACGUGUAUCCAGAACUCCGGGUCCCGGACCAUCAGGACAUAGCGUUUGGGGCUCUGCAGCAGGGCGGGAACUGCUUGGACACGCUGGGUCACUUUGCUGAUGGAGUAGUGGGAGUCUACGAGUGUCACAACGCAGGAGGCAACCAGGAAUGGGCAAUGACUAAGGAUAAAUCGGUGAAGCACAUGGACCUGUGUCUGACGGUGGUGGACCGCAUGGCUGGGACACAGAUUAAAUUACAGGCCUGCAGAGAAAAUGACACUAGACAGAAAUGGGAGCAGAUCGAGAACAACACCAAGCUCCGGCACGUGGGCAGCAACCUGUGCCUGGACAGCCGGAGCGCUCGGAACGGGGGUCUGACGGUGGAGGUGUGCAACCCCUCGCUCACCCAGCAGUGGAAGUUCACCCUCAACUUACAGCCCUAGGUCUCUGUCCUGUAGCCUCCACGCCCUGCGCCCUCGUCAGGUCACAGAGCGGCGCGCGGCACUCUCGAGGGUACGCCGACCGGCCAGCCGCGCUCGGACUGCUCGUCCUCCGGGAAGGGGGGGGCGACAAAAAAACACAUGAUGACUUUUUUCCAUCCAACUAUAUACCUCACCGAUUCAUUUAUGGUCCAGCUGGUGGGGAAACGAUCCUCCAGUCUUAAUUAAAGAAAGGAUUCGAGGGGUUUUAAGUUCAGCAAUAUGAAUCAGAUCCUGGUCGCCCUUCCUGUUUUGAUUUGUCUUCUUCUUUUACCUGUUUUUGUUCUUUCAGUCGGGGUAUCUAGUGUUUGGUUCGAUGUAAACAACGUUGAAUGUACGCAGCGCUACACGGAGGCACCCGGGACAUCGGAAUUCGAGGAAAACGGGACGAAUCGGAAGCUUUCUGUUUCUUGUAAUCAAGUGGGGGGGAAAAACCCCAGCAGGCCUCGGAUUGUCGAGCGAACUUUUUAUACACUGUAUAAUCGACGGCCUGUUUGUUUUUUUUUCUUGGGUGUUUAUUAUUUUCGGAGGGGCGGCGGCGGCAUACCUUGUAGCACUGGCUGCUACCGUUCAUCGUCUGCCGCCUCCGUCAUCAAUCGGACCGCGGCGCGUCUUCGUUUUAUACAUUUUACCACCUGUAAUCGAAUCACGUCACAGAGAUUUCUGGAUCCUUGAGAGAUUUUUAGUUUUUGUAAUUGC